AUGGAUGAAAUGGAAAAUGGCAACAGGCGUACUGUGCGACAAGAAAUUCCCUGUUCAACUGAAGUCGAAGAUCUACAGGAUGAAUGUGCGUCCUGUAGAUGCGAGUGUCGGAUGCGAAUGUUGGCCGACGACGAAAGCCUUGAAAAGAGUGUUGCUAUGGAAAUGCGGAUGUUGAGGUGGAUGAUAGGUGUAACGCUAAAAGACAAAGUAUCCAACGACACUGCACGCUCCAUCUUCGGCGUCGUCCCGAUAACUGAGAAGAUGAAGGAGGCGCGACUGAGAUGA